AUGGCCGCGCUCGGCCCACUGCCUCCGCUCCCACCACAGUUUGAGAGCACACAGCAUCAUCUGAGGACGGCUCAGGAGUAUGACAAACCCGACCCCGUUGUGGCCUAUUACUGUCGUUCAUAUGCCAUGCAGACUGGAAUGAAGAUUGAUAGUAAAACUCCUGAAUGCCGCAAAUUUUUAUCAAAGCUAAUGGAUCAGUUAGAAGCUCUUAAGAAACAGUUGGGUGAUAAUGAAGCUGUUGCUCAAGAAAUAGUUGGUUGUGCCCAUUUGGAGAAUUGUGCUUUGAAAAUGUUCUUGAAUGCAGAUAACGAAGAUCGGGCUGCCAGAUUUCACAAAAACAUGAUCAAGUCCUUCUAUACUGCAAGUCUUUUAAUAGAGGUCAUGACAGUGUUUGGAGAACUAACUGAUGAAAAUGUGAAACACAGAAAGUAUGCAAGGUGGAAGGCAACAUAUAUCCAUAAUUGUUUAAAGAAUGGAGAGACUCCUCAAGCAGGGCCUGUUGGAAUUGAAGAAGAAGAUGUUGAAGAAAAUGAAGACGUUGGAGCAACCUUUCUGCCCACUCAGCCAUCAUCUUCAACUUACGACCCCAGCAACAUGCCAUCGAGCAGCUCUACUGGAAUACAGAUUCCUCCCGGUGCACACGCACCAGCGAAUACACCAGCAGAAGUGCCACACAGCACAGAUGGGAAUAUCUGUCUAACACCUGAGGACUUUGCUCAAGCUCAGAAAUACUGCAAAUACGCCGGCAGUGCUUUGCAAUAUGAAGAUGUCAGCACUGCUGUGCAGAACCUACAGAAGGCCCUCAAGUUACUAACUACAGGCAGAGAAUAAAACCUUUGUACAGCAGAUCCAUGCAUCUUUGGCUUAAAGAACUAACA